AGCCUCGUCAAUUCUACCAAUAAACUCCACUCCACAAGUGGCCGCUUACAAUACUGUUCGUUGAUUGGCAUGGUUACACUUCGCAGCUCGCCGAAAAGCUCGUGUUGCCCCGUCCGUUGAUGGCCCUUAUAACCUGGAAGUUGCCAUGGUGUCGCGUGCACAUUUCCUCGAUGAGCGUUUUCACUUCCACCUCCCAUCCUGGUAAAAUAUACUCACCAUGGCCGACCCAAGCAUCAUGAAGGAGAAAGAUGUCGAGUCGGAUCCAGGGAGAUCGAGCUAUUCGGCAAACCAUGGCAAGAUUGAGUUCCCCAGGGCACCUACUACUUGGGGCCGCUUCGUCGACAGUUUCAAGAGAAAUCCAAAUGCCCGCAUGACCACAAAAGCCAUCGAUGCCGAUGGCAACCUCCUCAAAGAUCAGCCUCCCGCUGAGCCAGCUUUGCAGAUGGUCUUGAAGGGACGACAUCUUCAGAUGAUAGCGAUUGGAGGUUCCAUUGGUACGGGCUUGUUUGUUGGUUCUGGAUCUGCUCUGGCCACUGGUGGUCCUGCCUCAUUGAUACUCGCAUACGGUCUGAUCGGUAUAAUGUUGUUUUGUGUUGUCCAAGCGCUGGGCGAAUUGGCUGUGGCUUUUCCUGUGGCCGGAGCAUUCUCCGUCUAUGCUAGUCGCUUCGUGGACCCGGCUUGGGGCUUUGCAAUGGGCUGGAAUUAUGCCCUUCAGUGGAUGGUUACACUCCCUCUCGAAAUUGUGGCCGCAUCCCUCACCCUUCAGUUUUGGUCUGGCAGCCAAGGCGUCAAUAGCGCCGCGUGGGUCACAAUUUUCCUUGUAGCUAUCAUUAUCAUCAACUUCUUUGGCGUCCGAGGCUACGGUGAGGUCGAGUUCGUCUUGUCCAUCGUCAAGGUCAUUGCAGUCAUCGGGUUCUGUAUUCUCGGAAUUAUCAUCGACACCGGCGGCGUUCCCAGAGACGACCGAGGCUAUAUCGGAGCUCGUUACUGGCAGGAACCUGGUGCGUUCAACGCUGGAUUUAAAGGACUCUGCUCGGUCUUUGUGACAGCCGCCUUCUCAUUCUCAGGCACGGAGCUCGUCGGUCUGGCCGCAGCUGAAACUGAAAAUCCGCGCCUGACCUUGCCGACUGCUGUCAAGCAGGUCUUCUGGCGAAUUGCAUUGUUCUAUAUGGUCUCACUUACCAUUGUCGGCGUUCUCGUGCCAUACAACGAUCCCGCCCUUCUCAAUGGCACCAGCUCAGCCGAUGCCAAUGCUUCACCCUUCGUUAUCGCCGUCCGAAAUGCCGGUAUCCAGGCAGUACCCUCCAUCAUGAACGUCGUCAUUCUCCUCGCGGUUCUGUCCGUUGGGAAUUCCUCAGUCUAUGGCUCGAGCAGAACCCUAGCCGCCCUGGCAGACAUGGGCCAGGCACCAAAAAUUCUCGGCUAUAUCGACCGAUCGGGUCGCCCACUCGUUGCCAUUAUCGUAUCUUCAUCUCUCGGAUUCCUCUGCUACAUCUGCGCAGCGGGUCCGGACACUACUGCUGAAGCUUUCAACUGGAUGAUAGCUAUCAGCGGGCUUGCAGCGAUUUUUACAUGGGGCACUAUUUGCCUCUGCCAUAUACGGUUCCGAAAGGCCUGGCGUCUUGCUGGCCACACCCUCGACGAGCUGGCCUUCAAGUCCCAGGCUACUGUCUAUGGGUCAUGGCUCGGGUUGAUCAUGAACUGCUUGAUUCUGGUCGCACAAUUCUGGACUGGCUUCGCUCCUGUCGGGUACGGCGAGAUGACGGCUUCAGAGCGUGUCAAGGGGUUCUUCGAGUAUUAUUUGGCGGCACCCAUCGUAAUCGUGAUGUACGUCGGAUACAAAAUCGUACGCAGAACCAAGAUUCGGAAGAUUCAUGAAAUCGAUAUCACAAGUGGAAGACGGGAGAUGAAUCUGGCGGAGAUCCUGGAAGAAGAGCGCAAGGUUCAGGCUACCUGGCCCUGGUACAAGAAGGUUUGGAAGACAAUUUGCUGAGUGGUCGUGUCGAGACUCAGCAUAUUGUACACUGGAUUGGGUGUACCCUACAAAAAGUGCUUUCCUUCGUUGUACAAUGAGGACGAUACUACUUCCUAAUAGCCUGUCGGCGAGGCAGGAGAAGAAAAAUGGCAUAUGUCUGACAUAACACAUUCCGUUAUAAUGUAUGGACGAGGCCGAUGCCCAAUGCCCUGUCAGGCUACCGGUUUUUAUCACACCAGG